GCUGAGGCGCUGCCCGCCGCCGGGUCAGCCUGUCAGGGCGCCGCCGCCGCCCCUCGCUGCCCCCAUCGCAUCCUCCCCUCGCCCCCUUUAUCCCGGCCCCGAUCGUCCCUGUCAUUCAUUUGUCACUUUCCCCGCUCCCAUUUUCCCCUCGCCCCGUCUCUUCCCACCCCCCGCCCGCCCCGUUCCUCCCUUGUUUUCUUUUCCGCCCCGUCCCUUUCUCUUCCUCCAUCUAUUUUUACCUUCUUUUCACCCCCGUUCGCCCUCCCCCGCCAGAUCCUCGCCCUCCUCCCCUCGCCCCUUCCGUCCCCCUUCACUUUUUCUGGGUGCUCGUGUGUGUUUCAGGCCUUCCAGGAAAAGUUGCAAACUCCCGAGGUUGUGGGGUUUUUUUUUUGCUAUAUUUGAGGGAGCAGGUGUCUGAGAGGAGGGAGCUAUGUAGGAGGUGCCUGGGUGCUCAGGGAGGUUUCGAGGGGAUAAAUGAUGUGGGAAUGGAAGGGGUAGACUUGUCAGUCCUCUCAGGGUGUUCCAGGGGAGAGACUCCAGAUCCUCCCUCUGGAGAGAAGGGGGAUUGAGCGCUGUAUUUCUUUUUUAUAUUUAAAAAAAAAAAGAAAAGAAAAAAAAAAAAGUGAAGGAAAAAAACCAAACAAAACCCAACCCAGUUGCCCAAGGAUGGAGUUUCAGUAGCCAACCACAGCUGGACUCUUGGGGGAAGAGGGUUCGUGCACUCUGGCUCACGCACACAUGAAGAGAUUCUCCAAGUUGUUUGGCUUCGCCAGGAGAUAAGGCCAGUUGAGCUCCAUGUUUUUAAAGGUGGGCCGUGUAUGAUGAAACCCAACUUCUUUUAAAGUGUAGCAGAUUUCAUUUUUAUGGCCAAAUGACAGCUUGACCCAGUUGUUAUCCAAUCAAAGGGCAUUUUUUUGAAUGUCUCUCUGUGGCACAACAGCCAACGCAAAAAUGAUGGCGGCUUACAAUGGCGGUACGUCUGCAGCAGCAGCAGGUCACCACCACCACCAUCACCACCACCUUCCUCACCUCCCUCCUCCUCACCUCCAUCACCACCACCACCCUCAACAUCACUUGCAUCCAGGCUCUGCAGCUGCAGUGCACCCCGUACAGCAGCAUGCCUCUUCGGCAGCUGCGGCCGCGGCGGCUGCGGCUGCGGCCGCAGCAAUGCUCAACCCAGGGCAGCAGCAGCCAUAUUUCCCUUCACCGGCACCGGGUCAGGCCCCUGGACCAGCUGCAGCAGCCCCAGCUCAGGUACAAGCUGCAGCAGCUGCUGCAGUCAAAGCGCACCAUCAUCAGCACUCACAACAUCCACAGCAGCAACUGGACAUUGAGCCGGACAGACCUAUUGGAUAUGGAGCCUUUGGUGUUGUCUGGUCAGUAACAGAUCCACGAGAUGGAAAGAGAGUUGCACUCAAAAAGAUGCCCAACGUCUUCCAAAAUUUGGUCUCUUGUAAAAGGGUCUUCCGGGAGUUGAAGAUGUUGUGUUUUUUUAAGCAUGACAAUGUACUCUCUGCCCUCGACAUACUCCAGCCUCCACACAUUGACUAUUUUGAAGAAAUAUAUGUUGUCACUGAGUUGAUGCAGAGUGACCUCCAUAAGAUUAUCGUCUCUCCUCAGCCACUCAGCUCGGAUCAUGUCAAAGUUUUUCUUUACCAGAUUUUAAGAGGUCUGAAGUACCUACAUUCUGCUGGCAUUUUACAUCGAGACAUUAAACCAGGGAACCUACUUGUGAACAGCAACUGUGUUCUUAAGAUUUGUGAUUUUGGAUUGGCCAGGGUGGAAGAAUUAGACGAAUCUCGCCACAUGACUCAGGAAGUUGUCACUCAGUAUUACAGAGCUCCAGAAAUCCUGAUGGGCAGCAGGCACUACAGCAAUGCUAUUGACAUCUGGUCUGUAGGCUGCAUCUUUGCAGAGCUGCUGGGGAGAAGAAUAUUGUUUCAGGCACAGAGUCCCAUACAGCAGUUGGAUUUGAUCACAGACCUGCUGGGAACCCCCUCGCUGGAGGCGAUGCGGACGGCGUGCGAAGGCGCCAAAGCUCACAUACUCAGGGGUCCUCAUAAACAGCCAUCCCUUCCUGUCCUAUAUACACUUUCCAGUCAAGCUACACAUGAAGCAGUUCAUCUCCUUUGCAGAAUGUUGGUCUUUGAUCCAUCCAAAAGGAUAUCUGCUAAGGAUGCCUUAGCCCACCCCUACCUGGACGAAGGGCGGUUGCGGUACCACACCUGCAUGUGUAAAUGUUGUUUUUCCACAUCUACUGGAAGAGUUUAUACCAGUGACUUUGAACCUGUCACCAACCCCAAAUUUGAUGACACUUUUGAAAAGAACCUCAGUUCUGUUCGGCAGGUUAAAGAAAUAAUUCAUCAGUUCAUUUUGGAACAGCAGAAAGGAAACAGAGUGCCUCUCUGCAUCAACCCUCAGUCUGCUGCUUUUAAGAGCUUUAUUAGUUCCACAGUUGCUCAGCCAUCUGAGAUGCCCCCAUCUCCACUGGUUUGGGAGUGAAGUGGAAGAUAAUGUACUACUGAAGAUGUAAUGUAGCUUUCCACUGGAGUCUGGGAUUUGCAAUUCUGGAGGUUAAUCAUGCUUGUACUGUAAUUUUACUAAUGAAGUUUUAAAUUAACAACCACUACUUGUACAAUAUGAAUAAUAUUUAGAAAUGUACUAGACUUUUAAUCUUGUAAAGUGGUUGUGCUUUUAGAAGAAAAUAUUUUACCCAGAGUUGCACGUGUUUUAUGAACUCUAGUGCAGCUGUGAUGGCUCAGCUCAGAACAAACAGAAUUGAACCAAAUUUGGGGAGGUUUUAUCUUUUUUUUUUUUGUUUUUUCUUUUUAUUUUUAUUGAAGUGAGAUUGUACAAAAAGAUAGACCUACAUUUUGAUAUUGAGCCAUUCCUGAAGAUUUUGGGUUUUCUAAAACUAAGGAACACAGAAAACUUGACAGUGACCAAUCAUGAAGUCCCAUUGGGUGACAGUGACCACGCUGGGCACGUCCCUGGUGUCUGAGUCCUAUAAAUAGCUUCUCACUAGAGCUGUGAUGGUGAUGUGUGCUGUUCUAAAAUCAAAUGUUGUGAGUAGAGAGAAUGAGUUUGUGACUAGGAGAGACUAAACUUCUGUUUCCUUACCCAGUAUAAAUAUAUAUAUAUAUUUAAUCUAUUUUUAUUAGAAGUUUUUCUGCUCUUUCUUACAUAAAACCCCCCAGCAUGCAUCUUCUAUGUGUGUAAAUAAUUCCAUUUAUGGGCUAAUUUCAGAGAUCCUCGACAUCAUUGCUGUAUAGAGAGAAACUAGCUUGCACAUUUUAGGUCUGUGAAAUUUUGUGAGAACUUUUUCCUGCACUGGACAGUUGAGAGAUAAAAAAAAAAAAAAAAAAAAAAGGAAAAAAAAAAAGCACAUAGGGAAUUCUGUUAAUUGUGUUCGUGUCCUUAGGCAGAGCUGUGGAAGUCUUGAAAUGUCACAGUAGUAAAUAACUUUUAUUACUUUUUGGCUAAUUCUUUUUCUGUUGGAACACUGAAUUCUGUGCAUAUGUAUAUAUGAACACAAAUUGAAGGCCUCUACCUCCUGGAGUAUACAACUUGGUUUGUUUACCUCCACAUGAUUUUUUUUUUUUUUUUUUUUUUUUUAAGUUCAGUGUGGAGACUUGAAACUUGAAUGUCCCUUCCAACUUUUAUAUUUAAAACAAGACUAGAAAAUUGAAGACUGUUUUUCACCUGUACAAAGAAUUACUAAAGGGUGGUCUUAAAAUUUGAGCAUUGGUCUGGAGAAAAACCGUGGUGUUUGUUAUGGACAAUUAACUGUUAAAGUUAUUGUAAGUUAUCUGUAUUUAGCAGAGUAUUUUCAACAAGAGUGAUCUGAGCUGAAAUUGGAGACUGUUAGUAAGUUAUAUUUGGAAGUUUUAACUUCAAUGAAGUAAUUAUUUGCUGUGAAAGAGACAAACAUUGGAUAACUAAACAAAGAUGGUGCAAUAUCUUUGUUUUUUAUGAGGCUCCUGAGAAUAAAACCGACUCAAGCAUUUCAGCUCACUUGAAUGAGAAACAUGUUUAAUUAAAAGAGCCCAAGAAGACACUGGUAUGAAAGGUAAAAUCUCAGAGGUUGGUCAGUUAAUGUGGCACACUUGCUGGUCACUUUGUAAAAUGUAGAUUUGAAGUACAGUGGUGAAAACAUUAAAUGUGACAUUUGAAAAAGAACUGGUGUUCUCUUGAUUUCCUCUCUGAUCUCCCAGCUUUAUGUAAGAACAAGCUGUUACAAUCUCAAGUUAAGUUCUGCCUACAGAAGUACAAGUAAAAGACUUUGUAGCAUCU